GUCGAAUCAUUUGAUUGGCUCGUACCACGCCUCCUCAACAUCUUUUAUUCUCGAUUCCCUCGCGCCGUCGCUUCGUCCACACCCACAACACACUCUCUUGGAAGCAUUGUGCGACAGCGAGGCAUAGCCAUGGACGCUGCUUACAUAACCUCGAAUUCGACGGGAGCCUACGCCCUCGGCACUCCUCAAGACACAUACUGGGGCCAGUUCGAAGAGAUCUCAAAGUACAAUGUAAACCUCAAUUACUUUGAGCGCUUGUGGUUGGCUUGGUACACGUACAUGCAAAACGACGUUCUCGCCACCGGCAUCAUGAGCUUUGUCAUGCACGAGGUCGUGUACUUCGGACGCAGCCUGCCUUGGAUUAUCAUCGACUGCAUCCCGUACUUCAGGAAGUACAAGAUUCAGCAACAAAAAAUACCGACCGCGAAGGAACAAUGGCAGUGUGCCAUGCUGGUUCUGCUCUCGCAUUUCACCGUUGAGCUGCCCCAGAUCUGGCUUUUCCACCCCAUGGCCCAGUUUUUUGGCCUGAGCACGUCCGUCCCAUUUCCUAGCCUAUGGAAGAUGGCCUACCAAAUCGCCAUCUUCUUUGUCAUGGAGGACACCUGGCACUACUGGUCUCACCGCGCCAUGCACGUCUAUCCCUUCCUGUACAAGAACAUCCACAAGAUUCAUCACCAGUACUCGGCGCCGUUCGGUCUCGCCGCCGAAUAUGCUUCUCCGAUCGAGGUUAUGAUGCUUGGUCUCGGCACAGUUGGCUCGCCCAUCCUCUGGUGCGCCAUUACAGGAGAUCUGCACAUCCUCACCAUGUACGCCUGGAUCGUCCUCCGCCUUUUCCAGGCUAUCGACGCGCAUUCUGGCUAUGAGUUCCCUUGGAGUCUGCAUCACUUCCUACCCUUCUGGGCUGGCGCUGAUCAUCACGACACUCAUCACGAGAAGUUCAUUGGUAAUUAUGCCUCGAGCUUCAGGUGGUGGGACUACAUGCUCGAUACAGAGAGUGGCCCAGAGGCCAUGAAGAGGAGGCGUGAGAAGAGGAUGGCUGAGGAAGAGCACAAGAAGAGCCAGUAGAUUGUUGAUAGAAUGGCGUGCAAAAUGUUGCAGGUAGUUGUAGCGAGAUGGGCAUGCUGUCUAUUGCUCGCAUUCGAGGGCCAGGGAGGGCCAGGAAAGUGAACGCGAGCAUUGAGAGGUCGGAGAUGGAGUGUUUGUAGAAGCGUUUGCAAGGCAUGAUUAAGCAUCUUUUAGGCGUUGUUGACAUGAGAUCCUGAACGGUGCCAUCGGCCCGAAUUUUUUCUCAGGACAUCUACGCGUGGACGGGACAUGCCCCAGCCUGCUCUCACGUUGACAAGUGUGGGCAUUCAGUGUCAGGUAAUUAAUUUUAAUAUUUUAAAAAGACCAUAAAAUCGAAAGAAUACCCAUUACAUUAUCCGAAUCGGUGGGGUGGGG